CGGUUACAAACAAACUCCGAAGAUAAAAAUCAUCAUAUAUUGAAAUUUUAUCGUUAGUUAUAUAAAGAAGAUCGAUAUUAUACAGUUAUUCCUCUUAAUAUUCGGCCAUUGUUCGUAUGCGUAACAUAGAUGCGUGUAAGCGUCAAUUUCAUCAGCUUGCGACACGUAUUCGUACGGGGCAGCACGAGUAGCAUGUGGCAACUUAUUGCUACUGCUGGUCGAUAACAGAUGGCGCACACCUAAUCGAAAUUUUGGCUAUUUUCUCGCUAGUACUAGACGAGCCCAUAUAGCUAAUUUCUCUGCUGAAGCCCGAAUGGAUUGUAAUGCCUUACUCAUAUUGAGUGUCAUCGUAUAACAGUAUUAUUCAUGGUACGAUGUCACGAGAUGCGUAUAGGGUCGUGGUGGCGCGACAAUCAAACGAUAGUUAGAACAAAAUUUAGUCGUAGGACGCGCCACCAAGGCGAUUACGACGCCUACGACGUGACGGCGUUGAGAGAAUAGAAAUUUGUUAGAAUUUCGUUUCGGUUGAAAAUCAUAUUUUGCUACCGUAUAUAUAUGUGUAACAACGUGUUCUGUACAAAAAGACAUGUGGUAAACUUUUUCGUUCCUUCGUGACGGUAGUAACUAUGGUUACGAGAAAAUCACCCCCAAUAUUAUCUUUAUAGUUGCAUCACGAUGUAUAUUUAAACGAAAUAAUCGUAUAAACUUUUUAUUGUACUCUACUUACACGGCACUGUGUAUAUUGUAUGUGGCAUUGUACGAUACAAAUGAUGAUGUGAUCUUCGAUUUUCAUCGAUUAAAAUGGAUGAAUUGUUAUCGAUACUUGCGAAAAAGUAUCUAGAUGUUGGAGUUGAAAGGAUAAUCACAGAGAGUUUGGACUCGAAAGAAAAUAUUCUUGUUGAAAAGAUCAAGUUGUUGUGUCUGAUAGUCAAAAAUAAUCCAAAACGAUGUUUGGAAGGGAUAUUUCGUGCGACCGAAUUAUCCGAUUUUACGAGAAACAUAAGUCAGCUUAUGCUUAAAGUAAAGCAGUGGACGCUUACCCUUCAAAAGGAAAGAUCUGAUUUUUCUCGCUUCCAGCGGGACGUCAAAAUUGCUUGGAGAACGAUGAAUCUAACUCAAACGAAUAUAGAAGAAAGUUUCAGAGAAAAAAUGACGAUACGCACCUUGGAAUACGCGUCGAAGGUAUUAACUAAAAGUUUGGAACACGAUGUACAAAAGGAAUUGAUGCAGGUGAUGGCGAAAUCGUUGGAGAGUCGUUCAAAAUAUAUCGGUGAUAUACGGUACUCGAAACGAAACAGCAUUUACGAUUCGUGUUACGAAGCAAAAAAGGAGUGCUUUGACCAACUUGAAAAGUACAGUGACGACAUCGAGAGACUUCAUGGUUGCAAAAGUACACUUUUGACCGAACGAGAUUUUAUCGAAAAACAACGAUUCGUCGUUCAGGAUCAACUGAUCACCCAACGUGCUACGUACAACCAAUUAAAAGAGGAACGCGAAUUAAACGCGAAAGAAGCUUUUUCAAUGAAAUUUCAAUAUUUUCGUCAAAAUCGAGCAGCCAGAAUCAUUCAGCGAAAUUGGAGAUUUUACUGUGUACGAGUAUCUUGGAAAAGAAGGAAAGGCAAAAAAUAAUAUACGUUCAAUUUUAUUUUAUGAUUAAACAUUUUCUAUCGUCGUUA